AUGGAUUUCGGUGAAAUAAGUAAUGUCGUGGGCAGAAAAAGAGUAAAUGUUGAUGUUGAAAAACUGCGAGAAAAAGUUUCUCGAGAAACUGCAAAAGUAAUAAAACUGAAGGUUGCGCAAGAUACAGCAUAUUGGGACCUCAAGGAGAAACUCCAACAGGUGGAAGGAAACCAUGAGCGACUACAGCAAAAUAUGGUAGAAGUGCAAAUGCAACACGAGACCAUCUCUGGACAGUACCAGGAUGAACUUCGUUUGCGUCCUGAAACCUUGAAUAAGUUGAGUAGCACUCGCGAAAUAUGUGACGUUCUAGAAGACUACAGUGAGCGUCUGAAACAGACUCUGUCUAGAUGCAAAGCUGACCAGGCUUCGUUGUGUGACGCUUACCAGAAGUCUGGUCAGCUGGUCCGCGAUAUAAAGGCCCAGCGAGUGCAAAAUGAUGAGAAACAUGGUCAGCUGGUUAUGAGUCUUGAAGAGAAAAUCAAGCUGAGCGGCGAACAUCAAAGGCAGUUGAUGCAAGUGUUCACUGCGUCUAAACAGCAGCUCGAGAGCGAACUCAACAAUGCUAGGGUCAAAGUCGCUUCUGCGCAAGCGCAGGCCGAAGACUUGAAAAAUACCGUCAACGAGCUUCACAAAAAACUGGAUAUUGCUAAGAACGAACUCGAAAAGAAAGAGGAGACAAUAUCCAAUAUGCAGCGCGAUAUGAAGCAAUUACUCCACGAAUUUAACUCGCAGAGCAACGAAAUGAGGAACAUGUUGGCUAAGCAAGAGAAAGAUCUAAAAGAAAGCAUGGAAGCUAAUUCAACAUUGAAAAAAGCUCUCACACACCAAGAACAAUUCGCGAAAUCCAUGUGUGACCAGAACAGUUCUCUACAAGACAAAAUAGCGGCCCUAGAAGAGGAGCAAAGUGCUACAUCUGCUCUUAUUAAUGACUUGAAGAAGAGAUUGGAGGAAGCCACCUCUAUACACGAAAAUAUCAACAAAGAUAUGAAAACACUUAUUGAUGAGAAACAUAGCUUAGAGGCAGACGUGAAGGAAAAGGAUGACAUUUUGAAGGAUUUGAAACAGGAGUUGGUGAUACUGAAUGAACAAAUAACGCUGAUCGAACAGGAUAAGUCCAAUUUAAUCACAGAAUUGAAUAAAAAAGUUGAAGAAGUGGACGACAAAUGGAUUCGCAUACAAGUACUCGGUGAUGAAAUUCAGACACUUCAGAAUAAAAUUAAUGAAAUAGACAAUGAUUUUAAAAAUUACAGAGAAUCAACUGAAGAAAAAAUACUAGACCUGACCAAAACAAUAGACUCAAAAGACAAAGAACUAGACUUGAAGGCAUCAACCAUAGCGCAAUUGAUGUCGGAACUGAAAACUAGCACUGAUGUGAGGAAUAAGCUGGAGAAUGCUCUGCAGAGGUGCAAUAAGGAAUUAGAAGUGGAGAGGGAGAAUAGUAAGGAGAUGGAGAUGAAGAUGGCGGUCAGGAUUGAGCAACUGGAGGCCAUUACGAGGGAUAAAGAGGAUGAAUUGUCCAAACAAAUGUCUAUUAUACUAGAGAUGAGAAGCGAAAAGGAUCGUCUCCAAGAGAAGAUAGCCGGUAUGCAAGGUACCAUAGACAAUAUCCAGAAGGAACUGAAUGGACGGCCCGCGCCGAGAGACAGAGAGCCGGCGGUGCAGCCCGAGCCAGAUGAUAACGCUGUUAUGCUAACCCCGGCUAGUAAGAAAAAACCUCGUCCGGUAUCACCUAUAAUCCAAUCGAAGCGAGAGUUCGCAGUGCCCCGCAGCGAGCCAAACCACAAAAUGGACAGCAUGCUGUACACUUUGUUCAGCGAUAGCAGCACUGAUGGAGACACUAUAGAUGCGUCAGAAGUGAAUCGUCGCUUCUCAGCGAUAUCUCGCGGUGAGCGUCUGUUACCGAUGCCGCUGUCAACGCUCAAACGACGCAGCGCUGUACCCGCGGGUCAGGGGCGGAACACUAAGUCGCGCCAAAACGACGUAAUACAUGAUUGUAUAAGAUAA